UUCGAAUCCAAAAGCACAAAAUGAAAAAGUAUAUUCUACUUUUGCUCCAUCUGAGUAUUAUCCUUGCUUCCCUAGCUGAAGUGCAAGCUGAUUCGCUACAGCAGGAAGAUUUCGAUAGCUUCAAGGACGAAAUAUCGAGGAAGUUGGAGUUGAUGGAAAGGAAGAUAGACGCAUUGACGCACCGUCCUCAAGGACCACCAGGAUUCCCAGGUCUUCCAGGACGACCGGGUCAAAAGGGUGAACCUGGAACUCCAGGACUUGAUGGGAUUAUUGGUCGACCAGGGGUCCCAGGACAAAAAGGAUAUGAUGGGGAACAAGGGCCUCAAGGGCCUCCCGGUCCUCCUGGGAAUCCUGGAUAUAUCUCAUUUAAUGGAAAUUAA